AUGAACGUCAGCAAGUGGUCCGAACUUUCGGAACGGUUUCUGUGGUGCUUUCUACUGGCAUGCGGCACAUUCGCGUUGCAGUACGAUCCCGGUUCUCCCGGGUCAUUUUCAAAAAGUCGUAAACGCGUGUUGUUCUGUGUAGUGAUGACCCUUGCCAUUGCUGUUGGUACGCCUGGUGUGAUGGUUUUGAUAUACCUCUACGGAUACACGGGCUCUUUUCUCACGGAAUCCGUUUCCGUUGCCGUCCAACUGUGCCUCAUCUAUCUGCUGAUGAUCGUGGUGAACGUGAAGAUGCUGCUCAAUGUUGACAUUUUGCGCUGCACGUUGAAUGAUCUGUUUGCGUUGCGAAACUCCAUCCUGCGGAAGUGGCACUGCAGUGGCCCGAGCAGAGAGUACACUCAGCGGCUUAUCUUUAAAAUAGUGUUUGUCGAUGUCGUACUGCUGGUGUACUCGUUGGUGAUGUUUUACGUCGCGCUGGACGAAAGUCCCGGGAACGCACAGAUAGCGAUGGGUGUAUGCUUUUUUGUCUUUCGAUACAUUAUUACUGCGUUCGCGAACCUGUAUCUGGUGGGAUUGAUGAUCGCUGUUCUCAUCCAAGGAUCGAUCAAUUCCCAACUGACCAGCGUUGGCGAGAAUGCAGACGAACCGAUGGAAUCCACACUGCACCGCGUGUAUAUGUUACAUUGCAAAACUGCAGAGCUGGAAAAGCAAUUUAUGAUCAUCAUGAAUCUUCCGGUGUUGCUGCUAAAUUGCUGGUUCUUUUUCAUGAUUGUGCUGUCGGUAUACUACAUGUACACCUCAACGAUGCUUGAGAUAAAGCAGCAAAGCCUUGGCGUAGAGGACAUCUUGAAAUAUUUAAACACGGUGUCCUUUUUCCUGUAUCUCUGUCUUCAGCUGUACUGCCUUGUUACGGUACCAGCGCAGUACACCGAACGAUCGAAGAAAAUGUGUUUAAUCCUCAGCACCGUCGACCAGCAAUGCCACGGCCCAAGAAUGGAAAGAUUGCUAGAACUAAUUAUGCUGGAUUGUAUGCAGCGAAACUACAGCGUUACAAACUUUGGUCUGUAUGAGAUGAACCGGGCACUGCUGUUUGGGAUAAUAGCCACUGUGACGAGUUACGUGAUCAUACUGGUACAAUUCCACAUGCAAGAAUAUGGAUAA